AUGGCCGCCGCCGCCGCCGCCGCCGCCGCUGGCGUUCCCCCGCCGCCCCCCACCGCCGACAGCUUCCCCCUCCCUCCCGUCCUCGCGCAUCCCUCGUCGACGCCGGCCUCGCUCGUCACCCAGGGCGCCGAGGGCCGGCUCUACAAGACGACGUACCUCGUGCCCUCGCUCCCCUGCGCGCUCAAGCACCGCCCUUCCAAGCCCUGGCGGCACCCCACGCUCGACGCGCGCCUGACCCGCCACCGCAUCCUCUCCGAGGCGCGCAUCCUCGCCAAGUGUCGCCGCGACGGCGUCCGCGUCCCCGCCCUCUACGCCCUCGACGAGUCCCAGGGCUGGCUCAUGCUCGAGUGGAUCCAGGGCCCUCCCGUGCGCGUCGCCAUCAACGCCCGGCUCCGGCCCGGCGCCGUCGUCGAGCGCGAUGCGUCACUGCGGGCGCUGCUGCGGCGCAUCGGCGACGCCGUCGGCGCGCUGCACAAGAUUGGCAUCGUCCACGGCGAUCUGACGACGAGCAACAUGAUGCUGGACCCGACAGGGCGCACAAGUGAGCAGGAUGGUGGUGGUGGUGGUGGUGGUGACACGGCUGAGGAUGAAGACGCCCAAGAGGAAAGCUUGCGGGGCGACGUGGUGAUUAUCGACUUGGGCCUCGCGAGCGGCGCGGUGCAGGAGGAGGAGAGGGCGGUCGACUUGUAUGUGCUAGAGAGAGCGUUUGGGAGCACGCAUCCGCGCGCAGAGUGCGUGUUCCACGAGGUGCUCGACGCCUACAGGCAGACGCACAAGCAGGCGCCGGGGGUGUUGAAGAAGCUGGAUGAGGUGCGGAUGCGUGGACGGAAGCGAAGCAUGCUGGGCUGA